AUGCAAGCGCAAGUGCGACAAGGCUACCCUAACCAAGCCCAGAUCCUGGGGGGCUUAGGCUACGCUGGAACGCCUGUUUCAACGCGGCAUUAUGAACCGUUGGGAUAUAUCAAUUUAUCUCAGAACGUGACAGGGAACAUCACAGAUUAUGAGAGAUGGCUGGACCUGGCCGACGCGACAGCCGGAGUAUACUUCGUCAAUGCCAACAUCUCGUACCAGCGCGAAUAUCUGGCCAGUAAUCCUGCCGAUAUUAUUGCUAUUCGUUUGAAUGCAAGCGAACCUGGUUCCAUCAGUUUCAGAAUCCACUUCGGUCGGGAUGAGGCCUCCCUGAAUCGUUGGCAGCAGUAUUCAUAUCCUGUCAACGGCGACACCAUGGUCAUGGGCAGUACGAGCGGAGGGGCACCAGAUUCACCUGGAAUAAGUUUCACCGCCGGUGCUAGAAUUGUUGCAUCAGGAGGGAAAGUCUAUACUAUUGGAGACUAUGUGCUCUGUGAAGGAGCAGAUGAGGCUACGGUUUACUUCUCUGCGCAUACGACCUUCAGGACACAAGAUACCAAGGGUGCGGUGCUGGGCGACCUGGCCGUCUUCACCCCAGCUUCCUACAACCAUAUCCGCGCUGCACAUGUUGCGGACUACAAAGGAUACUACGACCGUUUCCAGCUGGAUUUUGGCUCCUCGUCAGAUAAUCAGACAGCUAUGUCUACUGUCGAGAGAAUGACCGCAGUCAGGCCAAAGAAGUUUGACCCAGAACUAGCCGUGUUGUAUUUUCAAUAUGGAAGAUACUUGUUGAUUGCAAGCUCGAGGAGCGGAACGCUGCCUCCAAAUCUCCAGGGCUUGUGGAAUGAGAACUUCGAUCCGAUGUGGGGUUCAAAAUAUACCAUCAAUAUUAAUCUGCAAAUGAAUUACUGGCCCAGCCUGACAACAGGUCUUGAUGACUUGGUCGGUCCGUUGAAUGACCUGAUAAGAACCAUGACGGACCAAGGAAGAUAUGUUGCCAAAGAAAUGUACAAUUGCUCUGGGACUGUUUCUCAUCAUAAUGUCGAUCUAUGGGGAGAUUCUGCUCCUCAAGAUAACUAUCUCUCCUCCACAUUUUGGCCAAUGGGAGCUACUUGGCUUGCCACACACGUCAUUGAACAUUAUCGCUUCACCGGUGACAAGGCAAUGUUGCAAAACAUGUACCAGGAUCUCAAGCUAAACGCACAGUUUGCACUUGAAUUCUUGACCCCUUGGGAUGAUUACAUGGUCACCAAUCCAUCACUGUCGCCUGAGAACAUUUAUUAUGCUCCCAACGCUACUAAGCAGCAAGUAGCGAUCGCGGCUGGGCCAACAAUCGAUAAUACCUUGCUAUGGGAGCUGUUUGGUUUCAUUUUGGAGGCUCAGGCGGAACUAGGUAUCACCAACGACACCGAAUUUGCAAACCAAGUUACGGCUAUGAGGGCGAAGCUGCCUCCGUUGAGAUUAAAUCAAUACAAUGGCAUCGCAGAAUGGAUGGAAGACUUUGAGGAGGCAAGUAUCUUCCGUGCUACUUGA